CGACUAAUUGUGCACGUAAUCAAAUCGGGCUUCACUUUAAUCCUUUACUGCACCUCCAUCUCUUUUCUUCCUCCCUUGUUCUCGCACCAUCCUUCUUCGCUGUCAUCCACCGCAAUCUGUAAACAAUGGCCGACGGGUCCUCGAAGCCGAAUGUCCUAAUCUGCGGUGGUGUCAACACCUACUCGCGUGCUCUGGCAGCAUUUCUUGUACCGCUAGAAGGAGAACCCUUGGUCUCACAUCUACGAAUCGUAGACAAGUACUCUGUUGUGCCUGCUACAACGUAUCUUGGUGCUGAGUUUCCCAAAGUACUCGCGAAACCCCAAGUCGAUUAUAAACAAGCCAAUCUCACUGUUCCCUCCAUUGUACAUUCUAUCUUCGACCCACCAGAAGGGAAGGGCCCCUACGAUUAUGUUUUCGAUUUGACUGGAGAAGUUCGCCAUGAUCGGACCGAAAUGAUUUUGAUUAAUACGACUUGCAAUGUUGCACGUAUGCUCGGUCAAGAAGCCGCCGAACGGAAAGUCAAAGCCUACGUUCGAUUUACCCUGCCCUUCUACGAGACUACAAGCAAAGGUACUCAUGACGAGAAAGACGAUCCUAAGCCUGAUGGAACUAUCGGAAUUUGGUGGCAUGAGACGCUACGAAUGUUAGCUGCAAUUGAGGACCUGAAUUUGGUUAUCCUUCGGGUCGGCUUUGUAUAUGGUCCUUAUGUGGAAUUUGGAGACAUUACGUCUGCUAUCACCGUUGGGUCAGUCUAUGGCUAUCUUAAGAAGCCUAUGAAAUCAGUCUGGUCGCCUGGAAAGAAUCCAACCAACACUCUCCAUGUUGAGGACUUAGCCGGUGCCGCUUGGGCUUCCGCCCAGUGGAUAGCGCGGUUAGGGCGAAAAGAAGCAGAUAUUUUGGCUGGAGAAAGUAUCAUCUUUCGCAAUGAUAAAAGCAAGGUUUCACAAGUUGAAGGAAUGCCACCGCACGAUAAAAAACUCAUCGCCCCUCUUUUCAACCUUGUUGACGAUUCUAAUAGCACACUCCUCAGCGUCGGACAGACCGUGACAUCUUUUUUUGGCACGACCUUCGAUUUCUUCAAUUUAGGCGAGAGGACAAUGUACAAGUUCAUGGAUGACGCUGUUGAAGAUAUCAACGAGCAUCAUGUUGGCGGAUGGACACAAAUGAUUCAGAGCUCAAAUCCGCCGAUUCCUAAUACGCCGUUAUCAGCAUACAUGGACAAGUACGCUCUGGAAAAGCACAUCGUCGCCUUCAGUAAUACAAAGAUCAAAGAGGUUAUUGGAUACAAUUUAAAACGACCGCAAUUCAACCACGACGGUGUCAAAGAGAUUGUGGAUAAAUGGAAAGAAGAAGGCAGCUGGCCUAUACUGUAAUGAAUCUGAUGUUGUUGUACUGGAUGUUUUCUUUUUUUUCUGCUUUUCUUCUAUUUUUCUUCUUCCAACGGUAUCCCUCGCUUUCUUUUUUUAUCAAUGUUUUCGACAUGGUGCUAUUACAUAUCCAAUCAUUCCAUCAACAAUACCCAGCGACCAGGCCCAGAGGUUUUUUAUACCUAAGUAGUUACUUGCAAUGUUCAUUACCGUACAAUACAGUCUAUAUAAUAGAGGAACCGCCGAUGGUCAGUCCGUUCACGAAAUGCUAAGAAGCUCAAAACUUGAUGAUGGCUUCUUUGGUAGGGUCGACGGAGGUCGACGGAGGUCGACGGUCCAUGAAGACACAUCGCAAACUAGGCACCAUCGGUGCUGAAGGAAUUCUUGUGAACACAGACGAGGCUUCUUGUAA